AUGGCAGGCGAUUGCGUCCGCUAUGCGCCAAACCGAAUAUUAAUCAACAGCGUGGAUGCAUUACACGAGAUAUACGGCCAUGGCUCUAAGGUUAAGAAGUAUACAAACUAUAGGGUGCUAGCUCAGCAAGCUCCAAACCUCCUUACCAUUCGAGAUAAGCUUCAGCACGCUCGCAGACGCCGCGUCGUGAGCCAGGCUUUUUCUGAGAGCAGUCUCCGCAAGUUCGAACCCAAGCUUCUCACGAUGUUAGGCCGGUACAGUGACGCCAUACAUGGCAGUAUAGGCUUGUCCAGAGACAUGUCGAAAGAUUUGAGCAACCUUGCAUUCGACAGCAUGACAGCAGUAUCAUUCAACGCCGACUUUGACACCAUAAAUAACCCACAUUAUCGCUACGCCACGGCUGCCCUGGAGGAGUCAAAUGUUCGGCUCAGUGUGCUGCUGCAGGAACCCAAGUUCCUCAUAUUAAACUUGGACCGAUGGCUCUUUCCUGCGUCGAUUGUGGGUCGGGAUUUGUUCGUAAGAUUUAUUCGCAAGCUUCUGAAGCAGCGAAUCCAGGCUAGAGGGACGACGACAAGCGCAGACAUCUUUUCGUUUCUCGAAAAGUGCAAAGACCCCGAUACCGGAAAAGAGCUGAGCCCCAUGGAGCUGAGCACGGAGACUGCACUCUUUGUUGUUGCGGGGUCUGAUACCACUGCGACAACCAUGGCUGCUACAGCACACUACCUCACGGGAUGUUCGACCUCAUAUCGCCGAGCUGCAAAGGAGGUGCGCUCUACUUUCCAGUCGGUAGAAGAAAUUCGCAUAGGGCCAAAGCUCAACUCAUGUUACUUUUUACGCGCUUGCAUUGACGAAGCGCUUCGGCUAUCACCACCUGGGGGAGCUGCCCUUUGGCGCGAGGUGGAAAGCGGAGGGGCCGUGAUCGAUGGGAACUUCAUCCCAGAAGGUACUGAUGUGGCUGUCGGCAUCUACAGCAUACAUCACAGUGACAAGUACUACGAGGAUCCUUUCACGUACAAUCCCGAGAGGUGGUACAGGCCGGCCGACGGCGAAUCCAAACUCAACUCUGGACGACUGGCAUACAUGCCAUUUUCCAUCGGAUCUAGGGGCUGCGUUGGGAAGCCAUUGGCAUUGGCCCAGGUUAUGCUUACUUUCAGCCGUCUACUGUGGGAAUUCGACAUUCGUAGGGAAGAUGCUGACCCUAGCUGGGAUGAGUCGGAUGUGCACCCAUCUGAAUAUACAACUAAAGAUCAUGUUUCUGCCAGAAAAGAGGGCCCGAUAUUGAAGUUCCAGCCUCGAUUCUAG